ACGAGAUACGGCCUCGGUAGGAGUAAACCCGGUCGAUCGGACGCACACGGCGCAGAACAGCCGAACAAUGGUGCAGUGCGAUGUGUGCGAGAACGCGGCGGGCUCAAUCUACUGCUUCGCUGACGCCGCGGUUAUGUGCCAAGCGUGCGACAGAACGGUGCAUGGCGCGAACAAAUUAGCUGCAAAGCACGACCGCGUGGAUCUGAGCAAGGCGGCAGAGAGUGCGCAGUGCGACAUCUGCCAGGACCGGCCGGCAGUGCUCUUCUGCUCAGAGGACCGCGCCCUAAUCUGCCGCAGGUGUGACAUAAUGAUCCACACAGCGAACGAGUUCACGGCGCAGCACCACCGGUACCUCUUGCAGGGGGCCACCCUCGGGCUGCACUCCCUGGGGGGCGACAACUCUGAUGCAGCCGACAAGCGCAGCGGCGACUCCAAGGCCUCAUCUGCCAGUGCCCUCACCAGGGAUGCACUGGGUGUGAGCACGCGAUCGAGCGCCGGCGCGGGGCCGAGCGGCAUGAAUGGCAGCGAGACGGGGCUCGACCGGCGGAUGUCCAGCCGGGGCACUCCGCGCAGCAUGAGCAGCGGCGCACUUGUGGAGGUGCCGGCAUCAGCAUCGCCGAUGGGGGACACAUGGAUAAGCGGGCGGGGGAUUGAUGUGAACAGCAAGGCGGCCAUGACGCCCUCACAGGAGCAGGAGCAGCUGCGCAGCGAGGCAGUCAUGGCAGCACAGCAGGGGCAGGCCGGGAGCAUCGGGCUGAUGCCGAGUUUCCACAGCGGGGCGCUGUCAGACUUCCUGUCGGCGAACCCAAGCAGCAGCGGCGGCGGCUCGGACGGCAACUUCACCCUCGCGCAUGAGCUGCUGGGCCUGCCCUCCAUGUCCCAGGCCUUCUCCGCCAAGGACAUCGAUGCUGCGUACCUCUUCCAGGACAUGGGUGACAUCGACGAUGACCUGUCGUCGCUCCUGGUGCCUGAUUUGGACUUUUCUUCCAUCGCCUCCAUCCCCGCCCCCUCCGUGCCCAAACUCCCCCAGACAGGCACGCCCUCUACUUUGACAAGCGGCUUCUCGGACAGGUAUGGCAUUUCGACCAGCCCCACUUCUGGAGGGGACGGAGUUGUCCCGGACGGAGUGGUGCCGGACAUUUUGGCGCCACCCCUGAAGCGCCAGCGAAUGUGA